AUGCCAUCCAAUCGUCCUCCCAGCCUCUUUUUGCGCCGGAACUUCUUUGCCACGGGUUUUGUGAUCUUCGUUUUCCUAUGGCUCUUUUUGCGUCGCCCUUGGACUUCUCCGGUCAUUGAUCCGUCGUACGGACGAUUGGACGAUGUUUCCCAAUCAUCAAGAUUCGCAAUUGCUACAUUUCUGAGCGAGAACCCGAGCACGGACCCGCGAGACCCGGAGGGCACGGAUUACUACUAUGCCGCCACCCGGGUUUUGACUUAUCAACUGUUGCAUGCAGAGCAAACACGCAUCCGGAAUCCGUCCAUUGAUUUCAUUGUCCUGGUUACUUCUGAGCUGGCCCAGUACAAAGUCGACCAGCUCACCAAGGAUGGCGCAAUCGUCAUCCGCGCGGAGGAUGUGCCGCUCAGCUGGUGGAUCUCGACGGGCGUCAAGCGCUGGAAGGACCAGUUCACGAAGCUACGCCUGUUGGAGAUGACGCAGUACUCGCGCGUGCUCUUCAUGGACGCCGACACGCUGCUCACGCGGCCCGUCGACCCCAUCUUCGGCGAGCAGUCCGUCGUCCACCCGACGCCCUCGAAGCUCGACCUGAUCUCCCAGAUCAAGGCCGACGAGGCGCCCGUGCCCGCGCGCUACGUCUUCUGCGCGCGCUCCGACAACGCUUUCGCCGGCGAGCGCGAUCACCCCUUCCCGCCGCUGCGCACCGAGCGCUUCAGUGCCGGCUUUUGGGUCGCCGCGCCCUCGCACGAGCUCUUCGACCUGCUCAUCAGCGUCACCCGCCGCUACCGCCGCUUCGACCCCCACACGAUGGAGCAGAGCUUGCUCAACUACGUCUUCCGCCCCAACGGCGCCAUGCCCUGGUGUGAGUUGGAUCCCCACUGGAGCGCGACGUGGCCUAGCGAGAGGGACCUCGACGCCGGCGUCGUAACCCUGCAUGAGAAGUUCGGCAUGGUCGGUCCCGAGAAGCUGAGGAUGAUGUGGUACGGAGCUUUGCAGGAGAUGCGCGAGUUUUAUGCCAGAGAGGUUUGA